AUGAAGGCCAUAGUCAUUGACAAAUUCGGAGGACCAGAAACGCUCAUCAUCAAAGAUGUACCAGCACCUGAGCCAAAGAUGGGCGAAGUUGUGAUUCAGGUUAAAGCCUUCGGCAUCAACCACGCCGAGAUGCACAUGCGCAAGGGCGAAUGGGCCGAGUGGAUGCCUAUCAGCGGCAUCGAAUGUGUUGGCAUUGUAGCCAACUGUCCAGGCAACGAGUUCGAAAAGGGCACUCCGGUCGCCAGUCUCAUGGGUGGUCUUGGACGUACCGUUGACGGCAGCUAUGCCGAGUAUACACGGGCCAAGGUCUCGAAUGUUGUUCCUCUCGGACCGGGCGCGGCGGGCUUACCCUGGGACCAGCUUGCUGCCAUCCCCGAAUCAUAUGCCACGGCCUGGACAUGCCUCUUUCGAAACCUGGAGGUUUCAAAGGGCCAGCGGCUGCUGGUUCGUGGUGGUACCUCUUCCUUUGGUAGGGCCGCUAUCAAUCUCGCAAUUGAAGCUGGUGUUCAUGUCACAGCAACCACUCGCAAUGGAUCUCGCAUCGGGCAACUAGAGGCUUUAGGGGUGGAAAACGUGAUCAUUGAGGAUCGCGAGCUUUCGCAGCGAAGCCCAGACAGAUUCGAUGCCGUGUUAGAACUCAUCGGGAACAGCACCAUUCUUGAUUCCCUCAAAAUGGUACACCGGGGCGGCAGGGUUUGUCUAGCCGGUUUCUUAGGUGGCCUUGAUCCGGUCCCUGAUUUCAAUCCUCUCCUCCAGAUGGCAAGUGGGGUGCACUUUAGCUUUUUCGGAAGUUUCGUGUUUGGGACGCCGGAAUUCCCAGUUUCUGAUGUCCCUCUGCAGGACAUUGUCACGAUGGCUGCAGGCGACCGGAUCAAUGCUAAGCCAUGGAAGACAUUCCAGUUUAAGGAUAUUCAAGAAGCGCAUCGCUUGAUGGAGAAAGGGGAAGCCCAUGGAAAAAUGGUCGUGGUUGUAGAUUAA